UGGGCUGUUGAUUGGUGAGGGGCGUGCGACUAUUAAAAUUCAACAUAAUACAACAAUUAUCAAAAUUAAAUGACAUUGAAAAUGGGUGGUCAGUUCGUUGUGCUCAGUUUAGCUGUAUUCUUCUUCAUCAGUUUCUCACAAGCAACAUCAACUUCAAUAAAACCCUUAAUUUUCAUCGAGACCAAUCAUAGCGCCACUGCUGCUAGAAGCUGCUCAUACACAUUGACCAUCAAAACAAGCUGUUCUUCACCUAAAUACACCAGAGACAGAGUCAGUAUUGCUUUUGGAGAUGCUUAUGGAUUUGAGGUCUAUGCGCCCAGGAUAGAUAAUCCAUCAUCAAGGAUAUUCGAGACCUGUUCUACGGAUACUUUCCAGAUCCGCGGCCCCUGUAUUUAUGAGAUCUGCUACCUUUACUUGAAGAGAGUUGGAUCCGACGGCUGGAAACCGGAGAGCGUCAAGGUGUACGGUUCAGAUCGUCCUGCGAUUACCUUUAAAUAUAAUAAGCUUCUUCCUAAUGGAGUCUGGUAUGGAUUUAAUCACUGUCGUAAGAUCAUGUAGCUGAUCUGCCGUAGAAUUCCACUAUCCAUCAAAUUUGUUUUUUUAAUUUAUGUAUUUAAUCUCUGUUUUGUUUGCUUUCAGAGAUUAGUUUAUCGCCAAAUAAAGGUAUUUUUUUGAUUUCUCAGGUACCUUGUUGUUACAAUUUUAGCCUUUAUAAAUGAACUUUAUCAGAUGCGUUGUAUCCAUAAAUGGGGAUUUUGAUUCGCCCUAUUGUAAUUUUUUUUGGUUAAACCUUAUUAUAAUUUCA